AUGGCACUGCACGAUGAGUCUACAGAUGGUUCCACGUCAGAGGGAGAAGUCAAAGAGGAAGGAUGCUUCUGCUUGCGUGGCCUCUGUAAGCGCCGAGCUCGUGUCCACAAAGGGGAUGAGGAGGCGCAGGACCAUUGCGGUGGUGGCGAUGACAUGUCAAGCAGGCAAUGGAUUGGCUUGUUCCUGGCGCUUUCGACCAUCGUCGGCUUCCUCAUCACAGAGCCGUCCAGCUCCCUUACACGCAGGCAGCACAGGACUCUGGGCGUGCUCAUCUUUGCCGCGAUCAUGUGGAUCUCGGAGGCAAUCCCCAUACCACUCACAGGUAUGAUCGUGGGGCCGCUCCUCUUUCUGCUGGAUGUAUGUCGCCUCGGCCGUUCACUCUCCGCUUACUUCAGCAACGUGACGCUGGUAUUGUUUGGAAGCUCCUUCAUCUCAAUCGCCAUGGAGCGACACGGCCUCGACGCGCGAUUCGCAAAGGCCAUCACGAACUGCUCUUGGGUGGAGUCGAAGCCUACGAGGAUGCGAAUGGCCAUGAUGUUGGCUGGCUGUGUCAUGUCGAUGUGGGUCACGAACACAGGAUCGGCGUACAUCCUCACACCCAUCGUCCUCAGAUCCUUCAGUGCUGAGAGGCAGAGGAGGUUGGAUGACCACGAGGAGCAACGGACGCUCAUGGGAUCGCUCCUCUCCGUGGCCUAUGCCUGCAACACUGGCGGCAUGGGAACCUUGGUUGGAACUGGCUCCAACCUGGUGGCCGUAAGGUUCCUACGAGAGAUGGGUGUACAGAUCGAUUUCGUGCGGUGGAUGGUUGUUGGUGUACCUGCUGCCUUGUCGGUGGCUUCAGUGUGCUAUCUGGUCCUGUACAUGCGCUUUAAGCCUACGAAGUCCAUGACCACGCAGAUUCUCAGCACCGGAAGACCCCAGCCCUGGACGUUUGGUGAGAAAGUGGUGGCUGCAUCCUUCGUGUUCACGGCGUCUCUUUGGGUGUUUCCGGCUUUCUAUGCCUUGGCGCAUGGCAGCCAUCAUGAAAUGGUCAAGCGCAAGCUCCUUGCAGGUGUAUCCGUCCUCAUCGGUACCUUUCCCAUGUUCAUCAUCCCAGACAGAGGUGACUCUCCACGCCCGGCUCCCUUUGGGCCCCCUGUCGGAGGCGGACAUCGGGUCCUACCGUGGUCUGUGGCAAAGAGCGCAGACUGGGGGAUCGUCAUGCUGGUGGGAGGGGGCCUGGCCAUCGGGUCACAAAUGCAAGAAACUGGCCUGGCCGACGUCAUCGCGGAGCAGUUCGUCAGCUCCACUGGCAUCAAUGAUAUCUGGGUCCUCACCUUCGUCACCACCAUGCUCACUAUCUUCGCGACAGAGAUCACGUCCAAUACAGCCACCACAAGUAUCAUGGUUCCUGUGGUCAUCGCUGUCUCAAAGUCAGUCAGUGCAGACCCAAAUGCUGCCGUGGCACCGGCGAUUGGGGUCGCGCUGGGAGCCAGCUGCGCGUUUAUGCUGCCAAUUGCCACUCCACCGAACUAUAUUGUGAAGGAGACGGGCCACGUGGACUUCUGCCAGAUGGCAUCUACCGGCUUCAUUAUCAACGUGAUCUGUUCCGGGCUCAUCUGGCUGAUCCUGCGCAUGACCGUCCCACUCGUGUGGGGGGUAUAA